GAUGGGAACCACGCCGCUUCCCAGUCUCCGUGAGAAGAGUAAAGCGCGGACCUUUCAACAAGAGCUUUAUUAAUUUCACACUAGGACCGUGGAAAGUGAUGGAGGUGGCGGCUAAUUACUCCCUGCGAGUCAAGAGACCUCUGUUGGAUCCCCGCUUCGAGGGUUACAAGCUGUCUCUCGAGCCGCUGCCUUGUUACCAGCUGGAGCUUGACGCAGCUGUGGCAGAAGUAAAACUUCGAGAUGAUCAAUAUACGCUGGAACACAUGCAUGCAUUUGGAAUGUAUAACUACCUACACUGUGAUUCAUGGUAUCAAGACAGUGUCUACUACAUUGAUACUCUUGGAAGAAUUAUGAAUUUAACAGUGAUGCUGGAUACUGCCUUAGGAAAGCCACGAGAGGUGUUUCGACUGCCUACAGAUUUGACAGCAUGUGAUAACCGCCUUUGUGCAUCCAUCCAUUUCACAUCUCCUGCCUGGGUUACCUUGUCAGAUGGCACUGGAAGAUUAUAUAUUAUUGGAACAGCUGAACGUGGAAACAGUGCUUCUGAAAAAUGGGAGAUAAUGUUUAAUGAAGAGCUUGGGAAUCCAUUUAUCAUAAUCCAUAGUAUCUCAUUGCUAAAAGAUGAAGAACAUUCCAUAGCAACUCUACUUCUUCGAAUAGAAAAAGAGGAACUGGAUCUGAAAGGAAGCGGUUUCUAUGUUUCUUUAGAAUGGAUCACUAUCAGUAAGAAAAAUAAAGAUAAUACAAAAUAUGUAAUUAGUAAGCGUGAUAUUCUCCGCGGAAAGUCCGUGCCACAUUAUGCUGCUAUCGAGCCUGAUGGAAAUGGUCUAAUGGUUGUCUCCUAUAAGUCCUUCAGCUUUGUACAAGUAGACCAAGAUCUUGAAGAACAUAUGGAAGAAGACAUGCCAGAGGAAAUCAAAGUAGAACCUCUGUAUUAUUGGCAGCAGACGGAAGAAGAUUUGACAGUAACAAUACAGCUUCCAGAAGGCUGUAGUAAGGAAGACAUCCAAGUACAGUUUUCUCCUGAUCAUAUCAACAUUGUUCUGAAAGAUCACCAGUUUUUGGAAGGAAAGCUUUAUUCCUCUAUUGAUCAUGAAAGCAGUACAUGGAUAAUUAAAGACAAUAAUAGCUUAGAGAUUUCCUUGAUUAAGAAAAAUGAAGGACUGACCUGGCCAGAAGUAGUAGUCGGUGAUAAGCGAGGGGAGCUUGUAAGAGACUCUGCCCAGUGUGCUGCAAUAGCUGAGCGCUUGAUGCAUUUGACCUCUGAAGAACUGAAUCCAAAUCCAGAUAAAGAAAAACCUCCUUGUAAUGCUCAAGAGUUAGAAGAAUGUGAUAUUUUCUUUGAAGAAAGCUCAAGUUUAUGCAGAUUUGAUGCCAAUACGUUAAAAACUACCCAUGUGGUGAAUCUUGGAAGCAACCAGUACCUUUUCUCUGUCAUAGUGGAUCCCAAAGAAAUGCCCUGCUUUUGUUUGCGCCAUGAUGUUGAUGCCCUACUCUGGCAACCACACUGCAGCAAACAAGAUGAUAUGUGGGAGCACAUCGCAACUUUCAAUGCUUUAGGCUAUGUUCAAGCAUCAAAGAGAGACAAAAAAUUUUUUGCCUGUGCUCCAAAUUACUCUUAUGCAGCCCUUUGUGAGUGCCUUCGUCGAGUAUUCAUCUACCGUCAGCCUGCUCCCAUGUCCACUGUACUCUACAACAGAAAGGAAGGCAGGCAGGUAGGGCAGGUUGCUAAGCAGCAAGUAGCCAGCCUAGAAACCAACGAUCCUAUUUUAGGCUUUCAGGCAACAAAUGAGAGAUUAUUUGUUCUCACUACCAAAAACCUCUUUUUAAUAAAAGUAAAUACAGACAAUUAAUUACUCCCAACAUGUUGGCUUCUCUGUUCUGGGAAAGCAUUAGUGGUAGCUGGAGGUCUGGACAGUUCUACUAUAAUCUAUCAAGUUUUAAGGUAGUAAAUAAGCCUAUCUUAUAUGAAUUUUUUAUUUUUUAACAAAUUUUGGAAAUGUAUUGAAGGGAUUAUGAUUCUGUAGAAGGUAUGGAAUGAAGUUGAAGAUUUUGAGAACAUUGGAUUGUGUAAAAAUUGUAAAGAUGGUAUUAGCCAAUAUAAUUAUUUUUCAAAACAGAGGCUAGAAUCUGAUCUUUUAUAUGAAAGAUGUACAAUUCCGUGUUUAAAAAUAAAAAAAAAAUAUUUAUCAUGUA